GGCAGUGCCUCUUCAGCCAUGUUGGUUGCUACGUCAGCGCCCGAGUCCGUUCAGCGAGCUUGGAGAGCAAACCGAGAAAGCUGAGCUCAGAGAUACCGGUGGCUUUGGCUCACAGUUGCUCGAGGGUGCCAUGACAACCUUCCCAGAGUUCAUUCAGCAGAACGAGGACCGAGAUGGGGUGCGUUUCAGCUGGAACGUUUGGCCCUCUAGUCGACUGGAGGCCACUCGUAUGGUGGUCCCCGUGGCAUCUCUUUUCACCCCUCUAAAAGAGCGCCCAGAUCUCCCACCAAUACAGUACGAACCACUCCUGUGUAGCCGGGCCACCUGCCGAGCCGUGCUCAAUCCUUUAUGUCAAGUGGAUUACAGAGCAAAACUGUGGGCUUGCAAUUUCUGUUAUCAAAGAAAUCAGUUCCCACCAACUUAUGCUGGGAUAUCUGAGGUGAACCAACCAGCUGAACUACUUCCACAGUUCUCCACCAUUGAAUAUGUAGUACAGCGAGGUCCUCAGAUGCCUCUGAACUUCCUGUAUGUGGUGGACACAUGCAUGGAAGAUGAAGACUUGCAGGCUCUGAAGGAAUCUCUGCAGAUGUCUCUGAGUCUGCUGCCCCCCACAGCCCUUGUGGGGCUCAUCACAUUUGGUCGAAUGAUCCAGGUCCAUGAGCUGGGCUGUGAAGGCAUCUCUAAAAGCUAUGUCUUUAGAGGAACCAAAGACCUCAAUGCAAAGCAGCUUCAGGAGAUGCUUGGAUUGACCAAACCAACUGCAGCUCAGGCAAGUCGAGGACCACAACAACCCCAAGCUCCUCCUUCUAACAGGUUUCUGCAGCCAGUGCAGAAGAUUGAUAUGAACUUGACUGAUCUUUUGGGAGAGCUGCAGAGAGACCCAUGGCCCGUCACUCAGGGCAAACGACCCCUCAGAUCUUUAGGAGUAGCGUUGUCCAUUGCUGUUGGACUGCUGGAGUGCACGUUCCCUAACACAGGGGCCAGAAUUAUGACCUUCAUUGGUGGUCCAGCCACCCAGGGCCCAGGCAUGGUGGUAGGAGAUGAGCUGAAAACACCUAUUCGCUCUUGGCAUGACAUAGAAAAGGACAAUGCAAAGUUCAUGAAGAAAGCAACUAAACAUUAUGAGGCCUUGGCCAACAGGGCUGCAGCUAAUGGUCACAUUAUUGACAUCUAUGCCUGCGCCCUGGAUCAGACAGGACUAGCGGAGAUGAAGUGCUGUACCAACUACACAGGGGGCUACAUGGUGAUGGCAGACUCAUUUAAUACAUCCCUCUUUAAGCAGACCUUCCAGAGGGUUUUCACUAAGGAUGUCCAGGGGACUUUUAAGAUGGCCUUUGCAGGAACUCUAGAGAUUAAGACAUCAAGAGAGAUUAAGAUAUCUGGAGCAAUUGGCCCGUGCAUCUCACUGAAUGCUAAAGGACCCUGCGUAUCAGAAAAUGAAAUUGGAACGGGUGGUACUUGCCAGUGGAAGAUCUGUGGUCUGGAUCCCAACACCACACUGGCGAUUUACUUUGAAGUUGUCAAUCAGCACAAUGCUCCAAUUCCUCAGGGGGGCCGAGGGGCCAUACAGUAUGUGACUCAGUACCAGCACUCCAGUGGACAGAGACGCAUCAGAGUCACCACUAUUGCCAGAAACUGGGCGGAUGCACAGACGCAGAUUCAGAACAUCGCAGCGUCUUUCGAUCAGGAAGCUUCUGCUAUUCUCAUGGCCCGCCUUGCUGUGUACAGAGCUGAGUCAGAGGAGGGGCCAGAUGUCUUGCGCUGGCUGGAUAGACAGCUCAUUCGCCUGUGUCAGAAAUUUGGAGAUUACCACAAAGAUGACCCAAACUCUUUCCGUUUCUCUGAGACUUUCUCUCUGUAUCCCCAGUUUAUGUUCCAUCUGAGAAGGUCUCCGUUUCUCCAAGUGUUCAACAAUAGCCCAGAUGAGAGCUCCUACUACAGACACCAUUUCAUGAGACAGGAUCUGACCCAGUCUCUUAUCAUGAUUCAGCCAAUCCUUUACGCCUACUCCUUCAGUGGUCCACCUGAGCCGGUGCUGUUGGACAGCAGUAGCAUUCUUCCGGACAGAAUUCUCUUGAUGGACACGUUCUUCCAGAUCCUCAUCUACCAUGGAGAGACAGUAGCUCAGUGGCGUAAAGCGGGCUACCAGGACAUGCCCGAGUAUGAGAACUUCCGCCACCUACUGCAGGCUCCAGUGGAUGAUGCUCAGGAGAUCCUGCACUCACGCUUCCCUAUGCCCCGCUACAUUGACACUGAGCAUGGGGGCAGCCAGGCUCGGUUCUUGCUGUCCAAAGUCAACCCCUCUCAGACUCACAACAACAUGUAUGCCUGGGGACAGGAGUCAGGAGCCCCCAUCUUAACAGACGACGUGAGUUUGCAGGUGUUCAUGGAUCAUCUGAAGAAGCUUGCUGUGUCCAGUGCUGCCUAAGAGCUUACCUAGACCACCCAAAUGCACACCUUUUCACCUCUCCUGCAUCAACCAAGUAAUGCCAUAAAUCCCUACGAGAGCAACACUAGGAACGACUUUUGACCUUUCCCCUUUUAUUUCAUGUUUAUGUGAAGCCCAAGCCCUUUAGGCUGCACAGUUUCUGUGUGGAGACAAUAACAUAUACAGUUGUUUCUGCUGAGUAAUGAAUGAAUGUUCAUGAGAUUUAGUGGAUACAAUAUAAAAGAUGCAUCUCCGUUUCAUAACACUACAUGGGAAUUGUGCUACAGGACAAAUGAUGUUUUGUUAAUAACGUCACUGAAUUAUUUAGUCAGAAUCUAAUGGCAGCAAAAAUGGCUUUGAUGUAUUUAUGUUGCUGAGUUUCAGUUGACAGCAGUGAUGUAAUCUCAUAUUAAACAUUUGUGGGGGGGGGAUUGAAUAUCACAGCUUACCUACAGCUGCACUAGAUUGUUUGGCAAAAGAUUGUGGUAACAGUGCCAUUGUAGCCAAUUAAAUGUGAAUGCGUUAGUGCUGCCUCAAGCCCCCAGCUGAGUUUGUCUUACAGAAUCUGUUUCUGAUUUCUAUCAUAGUUUCUGUGUGGUGCAGGAAUAAAGUCCCAGCCACAAACUUGCAGGCUUGCAGAAUAUGCCUUAUUCCAUCUGAUGUCCUUCUAUUUAUGCCUCAUUUCUAACAGUAUUAUAGAAUUAUUUACCAAAUAUUUCUAAUAAAACAGCUUAAUUGUCA